AUGAAGGAAUUUACCGAAAACUCCGAAUGGGGUGUCGAGAGACAAUUUGGAAGCAAUUAUUAUUUUAUCAUUUCGAGUAAUGAAGCAAAAAAAGUUGUUCAAAGAAAAACGAAGAAUGGAAUCGUUCAAAAUGGAAGCAAACAUUUGUGGGGCAGUGAAGAGUUCCGUUACGUCUAUUAUAAUACAAUAUGGAUUAAAUUUCAUUCGCAACUCGAGCGGAAGAACAUGCCUAAUGGCAUAGAAAUUUUUCCGGGCAACGUUCCACCAUUGAGAUUUAAGGGCAACAAUCCACUCCAGGAUUUAGAUAAUCAAACUGACUUCUCGCUCUACUCAAUAUAUUUUGUUAUUUUCAAUAAAUUUCUCUUGAAAGGCCUUUUUUCAUCCCCUGCGUACAUGCUUACUGGGUUUCGGCAUGUUAAUAAUCGACUAGCUUUAUCAACAUUUGUUAAUGUACAGUAA